CACGUCUUGGCUAACUGGAAUCGUGUGGGCAGGCUAUUCGGAACAGGGCCUCGAUGCUGUUUGUCGGAAUUUAUUUUGCGAUUGGCCUGAGUGCCGUUUUCGUGGACUGUAGACCACGGUCAAUUUCAAGGGACAAGCCACAUGCUCAAUUAGAAUGGAGUGGACGGUUGUCAGACAAUCAGACAAUUCAUAUAUGGACGGUGGCGUCGAAAGGACUGUCUGCGGAGAUCUUGAAUCCGGCUCGGAUCCGGGUUGAUAUCGGACCCUCAAAUUCCAGCCAACAUGCCAUUCGUCUGGUAUUCGAUCAAGAGCAUCGACUCCGUUAUUGUGUGUUCGGCGCAGACACUGUCGGAAGGCCAGUCAGUCUGGACGACACGGAUUUACGGAACAGAAAUCCCAUCUAUCUGGAGCACUUCUCCUUCACAUCGGCCAAGGAAUUCUUCGAAGCAUGUGAAAAGUUCACAAGAGCCUCGAAUGAGCAAACCAGACUAGUCCGUCGGCCGAGAACUGCUCACCGGGCUAACCCGAUGAUAAUGCCUGGUACACUCUGGUGCGGUAAAGGUAAUGCCGCCACGCGGGAACGAACAUUCGGUGACGAAAUCGAGACUGACAUGUGCUGUCGAACCCAUGAUCGAUGUUUUGAAAACAUCCAGAGUCUGACGAGUAAAUUCGGAUACUACAACCCGUCGCCAGUAACAAUUUCCAAUUGUGAAUGCGAUGAUGAGUGAGUGAAUCUAGUUUUUCCAUAGAUUUCCCUCGAUUCAACUGCCGAUUUGUGUACUUGCGUGCGUGCGUGCGUGUGUAUGUGCGUACGUGUACGUGUGCGUAGGUGCGCCCUUGCGCGUGCUGUUCAGCGGGCUGACGAUGCCACUGUGUCCAAUCAUGGCAAACCACAGCAUGCAUGCGGAACUGACUCCGGUUUCGGUUCAGACGUAUUGCGCUUGAACUGUAUUUCAGGUCAGCCCAUCUGGCAUGUUAGACCUUCUGGAAUGUUCAGCCUGCAACGAUGCCAGAAGUGAUUUUCUGCGGCUACCACUACACGGACCAGACUGAUUACUGGCUGGACUUGUGUAUGACUUCAUUGCAGCUGGUGAGUGGCGAGGGCCACCGGGCUACCACUCGUGCAUUGUGUGAGCUUUGAGUGCUCAGUCGUCUCCACAGGAAUCAACACCUACGGAGAACCGGUGGAACAGAACAGUAGUUUUAGAACUUUUUUCCCCUAUUCAGCACUCUUCGUUCAUAUUCUCCCGGUUUUAAAAUAGAUGCAGAGAUUCCAGACUGUUCAGGUUGCGAUCCAGUGUAAACCAGGUGAUCAGCCGCUUGUGAUCGAACGGUUCAUCCUAGCAAUUGGGAAGAGGUCGAUUCGAAAAUCCCCAUUGGAGUUUCGUGGGACGAGCACUGCUGCUGAGUCCCAAAGGGGAUGGGACACUUGUACAGUCAUUCUCGGCUUUCACUAUGAAUUGGCUUCACGAAAUCUCGGUUAAACGUGUGAUGCUCCCUAUCAUAUAUGUGGGGCGAUAUGGCCCAGUGGUUAGAGCACGGAUUUACUGACCGGAAGGUCCAUGUUUCGAACCAGACCUCAGUCUCUCGACUUCUCCUGUCCAGCCUUGAACAGUACCCAGCCCUCAUGUUUUCUUCGAGUGACAUGGUAUCUGGGCACCGAAAAGAUGUUACAGCUAAACGAUUGUCUUUUUAUCAUUCAUGUGGGGCCUAUUGGUGUGGGGUCCACAACCAAUGCAAAAACUACUUUCUUAGUCAAGAAAAGUGAGCCAUUCAGAGCACAUGUAUUUCCAAAAAUGUGGAGGAAUAUUGAGCCUUCAUCAGCCUCUACUACUUAACCUCAUAUGGUCUGACUCCGCAUAGGUGUGUAUAGGUAAGCUCUGCUAGGAUAUAUGGCAACCGAUCUCAAGAAAAUCACAUCUUUUCCCAUUGGCGAGUUUAGUGGACCUCCUGGUCAUCUGCUCCAAAAUCA